CCCCGGAGAACAACUGCCAAUUUGCAGUUGGGAGAGACAGAGUGAGAGACACAGACAGAGGAGACUGGGACAAAGACAAAAAAAUAUUCAAUCUCUCUGAAGAAUCAUUAUAAAAUCAACAUUUAUCUAAGAAAUCUGAAAGGAACUUAUUUCUUGUGGACUUCUUGUUAUUUUAUGUGCAAAGUAUUUCUUGAAGGUUUUAUUUUUCAUUGCAUAGAGCUCUCUUUUAUAUACUGUACUGUCAGCUGCACAACCAAGAAAGCAGAGUUACUGAUCCAGUGCCAAGAAGGGAAAUACAUACUAUAUAUUACAGUGUUUUAUCUGUGAAAGGACAUGUAUUUUGUUUGUUCUUCAAAUUAAUGUUCAGCAGAAGUGUUGAGCAGCUGCCAAUGAGGAGUGGAUUGUGAGCAAAUCAUCAGAUACUGUAUUUUACCCUAAAGGUGGCUUUACGUUAAAAGGAAGAUUUCAGCUACAGGUUGUGAAUGUAGACACAUAUGAGGAUGACUACUUAUCAACACAGUGUCUGUGUCGUAUUGUCCACCUGAUGGGUCCUCACAUCACUCAUCAUUACGGAGGAGGAUCUACACUGAUGGGUCUCUAUGCUGCCAGAUGUGGGCUGAAAUGUCAUCCUAAACCUUUAGACAUUACAGGCUUUAUAGUUGAGUAAGCUUUAAUUACACUCUUUGGACUUUGGAAGAAAUCCCCCUUGAUCUUGUUAUGUGUAAAAAGACCUGGUGGAGUUAAGUAGAUUUAUGCUCUAUCUUGACCCUUUUUGUCUUGGCAAGUGCUUAUCUACAUAGGAGGAUCUGCUUUCCACUUGCUAUAUCCCACUCAGCGUCUUCUCAAGGUACUUGGAGCUUUCUACAGCUCAGCUUUGUAAACUUUGAAGGAUCUAUUCUUCAGGCCAUAAUGAGGUGUUGCAUAUGGCUCCUUGUGGCCACAGUACUGUGCCAGCAACUUGCUAUUCUCCGGGUCCUGGCAGCUAAAAAAGAUCGUAAAAAGGGAAAAGACCCACACCAGUCCACUGAUCCUUUUAAUGUUACACUCUCCAACAGUGAGGAGGGACAUGAACUUGACAAGAACCAUGAGUCUCCAAGCCCUGAAAAACCAGAUCCUGCAUCGACGUGGGUUAUUUUCAGAGAUCGAAUCGAUGUUGGGGCAUGCAUUAAAAAGAGAUGUAAAUCUAAAUCUAACUCAAAACUUUCUGGGCCUCCAGGCCCACCAGGACCACAGGGCCCUCCAGGACCCCCAGGAAUGCCUGGAGCUGAGGUUACAUAUGAAGUAUUGCUGCAGGAGUUCAGACAGAUGCUGAAAGAGGCCACAGAGCGCCGCUUGGUGUCUGGAGAUACCGCUGAUUACACAAGUGAGCCUCCACCCUUAGUGCUUCCUAUCAAGGACCUCUAUCCAUACAGACGGAUAGAUGAAGCCUUUCAUUGCCGACUUAAAGGGUCAGUAAUUGUGGACAAAAGGACAUUGUCGGAGCUUCAGAAUUUUCAGCUGCCAACAGCUAAAGGUUCCUUCCUUCGGGGCUCAGGGAUGAAUCUGACAACGGGCCGAUUUACGGCUACCAUUCCUGGGAUCUACCAGUUUUCUGCCCAUAUUCAUAUAGAUCAUAGUGAGAUGAAGACCAAGGGGCAGUUGCGUCCACGUGACAAUGUGAGAGUCCUGAUAUGCAUUGAGUCACUGUGUCACGGAUACACGUCACUAGAAGUCAUUGCUGGAUUGGAAAGUAACAGUAAAAUAUUUACUGUGCACAUCCAGGGGUUGCUACAAUUGCAGAGUGGUCAGUACACAUCUAUUUUUGUAGACAAUGGAUCUGGGGCACCAAUCACUGUCCAAAAUGGGUCGGAUUUUAUGGGCAUUUUCAUGGGACUGUAGACAAAACAGGAGAGAUAUAAAUUCAAGAACUGCAAACAUCGGACUUAUCACAUUCACUCGCCUGCAAUGGAAGAAGCUUUCACCAUAUCCGUUACCUGGGACCGUCUCUUGCAUUUACUGCUCGGCAUUUGCAGUGCCGGGAUGAAUGAUGUGGGGCCCUAGCUGUGCCUGCUGCUGCUUCUCAGCCCUCCAUGGCCAUAGAGGCCUGCAAUGCCUUUAAAUGUCUCUAUUACGCAAAACAUUGCAGACCCCAUUGGACGUGAAAGGGUUAAUAUUUACACAUUGGACAAUGUAAAGAAAUGUAGUCCUAUUUAGGAAACCUGUCCUCUGCUUUUCUACUGGCUAUUGUCUGGCGUGUGUUCUAGAGAGCUGGAAAGGUGGAGUGAGAACUGGGGAAAGUCUUUAAGCAACUUCUGUCCUGCAGAUGAUCUGCCCUGUCUUCCAUAGACUGUCUUACUCACAGAACCUUUGGAACAUGCUGAUUAAUGAUUUAAAUAAAUUAAAUGAGCAAAAGGAGAAGACUGUUCAUUUGUGAUGUCGCAGGACCUAUGGCGUUUAUGAUGUCAGAUGACUAAAGCAAGCAAUAGCACGGAGUACCCCAUUCAGGAUUGCUGUGUCAGUUUAUAAGCAAUGACCCUUGUAUUGAUUUUUUUUUUAUCUUAUAAAGUAUUGCAUAAAAUGGCUGUAAUUUAAUAAAGAAAACAUUCACAUUA